AUGGAGGGAUCCAAGAUGGUAAAUGGCGAGGAAUUAAAACCUGCUAAAGUUGAAGAAUUAAAGCCAAGGAAGGAUACUAUUGACGGUGAGGUGUUAAAGCCAGCAAAUUAUGCAGAAUUGAAGCCUAGGAAGGAUGCUUACAGCGAGGGUGCAGGGUUGAAGCCUAGGAAGGACGUCGUUUAUGAGGAGGAAAUAAAGCCAGAAAAAGAUGUAGAGUUUAAGCCUCUGAAGGAUGUUGUUGACAAUGAGGAAUUAAAGUCAGUAAGGGAUGCUGAGUUGAAGCCAAGGAAGGAUCUUCCUUCUAAAGCAAAAAAGACUGUCGAGGAGCUGAAGUUAGUUACAGACAUCGAGGACAUGAAGUCAAAACUAAAUGAACUUGAAUCAAAGCUAAAUGAGGCCGAGGUGACUAUUUCAAAGCUCACAGAGGAGAGGAGAUUAAGCUUUCAAGAGAGAAAAAUGUUGCAGGCAGAAUUAGAAGUAUUAAGGAGUAAAACUGUUGUGAAGAAAGUUCAGGUGGGAUUUCCUCUUCUGUUUGUUUGCAUGGUGGCAUUCAUCAGUUUCGUGCUUGGAUACCGGCUAAUCCAUUGAAAGAGAAAUGCACAC